CCCGUGGGAACAGGAGACGUCUUGUUGACUCCUCUGCUCCGCUGUUCUCUCCCCCAUCCCUCCGCUGCUCUGCUCUCUGCGCCUUCGCGGCGAAGCCACAUAAAAUAAUUGCUUGCUCGCAAAACGGCAGGAGGAAAGUGAAGAGGGGCAAAAGCUCACCCCCCCCCCCCUCUCGCGGGCGCUGCGGAAUCUGCCGAGCUGACUGCGGACUGCUGCUGCUGACGGGCGGCCGCAGCUCGCCGCCGCCGGGUUCGUCUGUUUCCCCCCGUUUUCUCCGCGUUUCGUGCAAGUUGACGGCUGACGCUUCCAGUGCGGAGCAGGGUUAAAAGAUGUCUGAUCAGGAGAGGGAUGAUAUCCCAAUGCUGUUAAGAAAUGUUGAGCUACCAAGAUUUCCCAGAAGUACGUCCAUGUGUAUGCCGGUCAGGGACGAGGAUUAUGAAGAAGACACUUAUGUGCCCCAUACCGGUCCUCUGUCCAGUCAGCCACCGAGCCAGGUUGCAGCAGCGGGCAAUCCGUUUGUUGUUAGCAGGCACACACCGGAUAAUAAGCUGCCGCGACACCCACAGCCGAAACAAGUCAGCAAACCACAGGCCAUCGCGCCAGUAGAAGUCGGGGGAAACAGGUGGUCUCAUGCUGGAGAUAUUCCAAAGAAUGAACAUUUGAUGAUGUCUGGACCUUUGGGACAAUGUGAUAAUCCAGACUGUGUCCAUUGCCCUCCUGCGUGCAAAAACAAGAGGCUUUUCCAGCGAGCUCCGAAUCCUUUUGACAAUAAGCUUCAUAAUAUUCUCUAUGGACACCAUCAUGGGUGGAAGAAGAGCAUUGAGCGUUUCCUUUCGUACAUUCCGAUUAUGAACCCACAUGCGAAGGUUGUUCAACAAUGGAAUCAAUUCUUUGUGAUAUCAUGUCUGGUUGCUAUCUUCAUCGAUCCCCUGUUUUUCUUCCUAUUGUCAGUAGAGAAGGAUAACAAAUGCAUAGUAUUCAACUGGAAGUUGGCGACAGGGCUUGCCGUUGUGAGAAGUGUUUCUGAUGCUAUUUAUUUUCUGCACAUGCUUCUUCAGUUCAGACUGGCUUAUGUAGCUCCAGAGUCAAGAGUAGUGGGAGCUGGAGAUUUAGUUGACGAGCCAAAGAAAAUAGCUGUUCAUUAUCUUCGUGGUUAUUUUUUACUUGAUUUCUUCGUUGUGCUUCCACUCCCUCAGGUGAUUAUAUUGGCGAUUAUCCCUAGAUCUUUUGGCUUAUCAACAACAGCAGAUGAUGCCAAGAAUUAUUUGCGUGUCAUUAUUCUUCUUCAAUAUGUCCCCCGCAUCAUCAGAUUUGUACCAUUGCUUGGUGGUCGCCAGUCUGCCACUGGAUUCAUAUUUGAGUCAGCAUGGGCUAAUUUUGUUAUUAAUCUUCUAAUGUUUGUUUUGGCGGGACAUGUCGUCGGUUCAUGCUGGUAUCUUUUUGGAUUACAGAGGGUUAACCAAUGCCUACAAAAUGCUUGUUCUGCGUCAAACAUUUCAUCGUGUAAGGUUUUCCGAGACUGUGGACUCGACUUUAAUGUUGGAGGGCAGAAUGAGCAAAUUAGACAGCAAUGGUCUGAUGAGCCAGCCUCAACAGCUUGUUUCGACCCCGGGAAUGAUACUAAUUUCCAGUAUGGGAUUUAUCAGCAAGCUGUCCUGCUGGCUACGAAACGCAGUGCUGUUACACGUUACAUAUAUUCAUUAUUUUGGGGAUUUCAGCAAAUCAGCACUUUGGCUGGAAAUCUUGUCCCAAGUUACUUCGAAGGGGAAGUCCUCUUCACUAUGGCUAUUGUUGGUUUGGGACUGUUGCUUUUUGCACUACUAAUCGGGAACAUGCAAAAUUUUCUCCAAGCUCUUGGAAGCCGGAAACUAGAGAUGCAACUUAGACGGCGUGAUGUUGAGCAGUGGAUGAGCCAUAGACGACUGCCUGAAGAUCUGAGAAGGAGGGUUAGACAUGCAGAAAGGUUCACCUGGGCGGCCACUCAAGGAGUAAAUGAAGAGGAGCUCUUAAGUAAUUUACCAGAAGAUAUUCAAAGGGACAUACGCCGACAUUUCUUUAGAUUCCUUAACAAGGUUCGAUUGUUCACCUUGAUGGAUUGGCCUAUCUUGGAUGCUAUCUGUGACAAAUUAAGACAAAAUUUAUAUAUCAGUGGAAGUGACAUUCUUUAUCAAGGUGGCCCUGUCGACAAAAUGAUCUUCAUAGUUAGAGGCAAGCUAGAAAGCAUCAGUGCAGAUGGAAGCAGGGCUCCAUUACAAGAUGGAGAUGUAUGUGGAGAGGAACUCCUCACAUGGUACUUGGAACACUCUUCAACGAAUAAAGAUGGCGGGAAAAGUAGAUUUCAUGGUAUGCGUUUGGUUGCUAUACGUACUGUGCGAUGCUUAACGAAUGUUGAAGCUUUUGUACUUAGAGCAAGUGAUCUUGAACAAGUUACUGCACAAUUUGCACGGUUCUUGCGCAAUCCAAGAGUGCAGGGGGCAAUCAGGUAUGAAUCACCCUACUGGAGGACCAUUGCUGCAGCGCGCAUCCAAGUCGCAUGGAGGUAUCGUAAGAGACGACUAAAGCGAGCUGAAAGAUCAAGGCCGAGUGAAGAACACGAAUGUUUACCGGAUACACGGUCUCAUUAUGCCUUUCAGCCUGGACAGAGGGGGUGACAGUCUGCCCAAGUAGGUAGUACUAACUAUUGGUUAACAGUUCUACAUCUCCAACUGCCAGAAAUCCUGAAAUCGGUUUCGGUUCUCUGAUCUCCUGUAUAGAGAAUAUGGCUUAUGUAUGGUUCGCGAGUCAUGCUAUGGAUCUUCAUGUGCAAAGCACAACUUAUGGAUCGAUUAAGUGCGAGCGACGACCGUCCUGAGUCAGCUGGCAGAUGUUCGACGGAAGGUCACACCAUCGCAUAGGCUCACCACAUUGCCAAAAUCCUGGCACAUGUACGUUUCGCUCCCGUAGUGUCAUUGUAACUUAUAACGGCUUCCGCUUGUGCACCAUGGCUGAAGAGUUGGGACCUCAUCAUAAGUUUAAGCUGCAGCCCUGAAGUUGAAAACCGUCUAAAA